AUGCCCGAACUCUACGACUCAAUGCCCACCAGUCCGAAGAUAAAUGUGUUGUAUCUAGCUCCGGGGCAAGAGAUUAUCAGCCCAGAACAAUUCGAGGCGUCUAACCCGGAAGCAUUAGACACAGUAGCCGGUGCACAAAUCGCGAAAAUAUCCCCGUCGAUGCUGGUCAAAUACGGUACCCAUGUGUCCCUCAUCGAAGCAAAGACUAUGCUGUAUGUGGCAGAGCGAACAUCCAUACCCGUCCCAAAACUAUAUGCUGCAUAUGCAUACGGGCCGUUGGAUCGAGACGUCAGCGAUUUCGGCAGUGUCUAUGAUACUUACAUCUUCAUGGAAUUCAUCGAAGGCGAAGACCUGGAAAGGUCAUGGGAAAGAUGCACCGCCAUUGAAAGACAGACAAUCUCGGCAGACUUGAAGAAGUACAUGACAGAACUUCGCGCGAUUCCAGCGGCCGAUUACAUUGGAUCCGUACACGGUGGGCCAGUCACUGAUGUAAUAUUGGAAUGGUCUACAACUUCAAAAGGUCCAUUCAGGAGCGUAGAAGACUUCAACGCUACAAUCGCCGAAACCUUUGUGGCAAAGUCAAAAGGCCACGUUGGUCCUUAUAUCCGUGGCAUGCUUAAUUCACACAAGCAUGGCAUUGUCUUCACUCAUGGAGACCUCAGACCUGCUAAUAUCAUUGUUAGAGAUGGUCGUCUAGCGGCAAUCGUCGACUGGGAAAUGGCUGGGUGGUAUCCAGAUUAUUGGGAGUUCGCUAAAGCAUUCUACAUCGAACACUUCAUUACAGAAUGGGCAACUCAUCUACUGGGUAUCUUGACUCCUUACUAUUGCGAACAGUUAAUGUAUUCGAAGCUGAUGAGUGUAUUAUGGUAGCCAAUAACGAAGUCCCCAUUAAUGGAGUGCUCGCGUGCGAUUUCCCGAACCUGGUGCUGUGUGGGAAGGAGCAACAGUACGUGGUCCUCUGUUGGUAUCUUAGGAGUAGCUAUCAGCAUACAUAGACGUCAUGAAACACCUUUUACUCGCAC